CGGCCGGCCGGGCGCGCGCCGCCGUCGCAAGGUGCUGACGUGGGCCGGCCGGGAAGGGGGUCGGGUGUGCGGGUCGCCAUGGCGGUGGAUAUCACGCUGCUGUUCCGGGCCAGUGUCAAGACGGUGAAGACGCGCAACAAGGCGCUGGGAGUGGCAGUGGGCGGCGGGGCUGACGGCAGCCGCGACGAGCUGUUCCGCCGGAGCCCCCGGCCCAAAAGCGACUUCUCCAACCGGGCGCGGGAAGUGAUUUCGCACAUCGGCAAACUGAGAGAUUUUCUCCUGGAACAUAGGAAAGAUUAUAUGAAUGCGUAUAGCCACAUCAUGUCUGAGUACGGGAGGAUGACAGACCCCGAGCGAGACCAGAUCGACCAGGACGCCCAGACGUUCAUGAGGACCUGCUCCGAAGCGAUUCAGCAGCUGCGAACACAAGCGCACAAGGAGACACACUCGCAGCAAGUGAGGGAGCACCGGGGCGCCGUUCUGGAUUUCAUCGAAGAUUACCUAAAAAGAGUCUGUAAACUCUACUCGGAACAGAGGGCCAUCCGGGUUAAACGAGUGGUGGACAAGAAGAGACUAUCUAAGCUGGAACCGGAACCGAGGACAAAGACGAGGGAAUCCACGUCUUCUGAGAAAGUGUCCCAGGAUCCUUCACAAGACUCUGAAGAAAAACCUGUCCCUGACGAAUACCCAGAAAAGAUUCCGGCCGAAUCCCAACCUGAAUUGGGCACAUGGGGAGAUGGCAAAGGCGAAGACGAAUUGUCCCCAGAAGAAAUACAGAUGUUUGAACAAGAGAACCGGCGCCUCAUCGGUGAAAUGAACAGCCUGUUUGAUGAAGUGAGGCAAAUCGAAGGGAGAGUGGUUGAAAUUUCCAGACUCCAAGAGAUAUUCACAGAGAAGGUUCUACAACAGGAAGCCGAGAUCGACAGCAUCCACCAGUUAGUCGUGGGGGCAACUGAGAACAUCAAGGAGGGCAACGAAGACAUCAGAGAGGCCAUCAAAAACAACGCCGGCUUCCGCGUGUGGGUCCUCUUCUUCCUGGUGAUGUGCUCCUUCUCCCUGCUCUUCCUGGACUGGUACGACAGCUAGCGGCCCUCACGCCGGGC